GGAGGUAUCAUUCAUAUGCAUAUAGCCCACACACUAGCAGUAGAUGGUUAUAUCAAAGCAAACAGCAAGAACACAGUAAGCAGCAAUACAAAUGGGGCCAGCGGAGUGAGUGGAGGCAGUAUUACGAUACUGACACACAAUUUCACAGGAAGUCACACAGGUCAUAUACAAGCUAUUGGUGGUUCAGGGGAUGUUACAAAAGGUGGUGGAGGUGCUGGUGGCAGGAUAGCGUUGUAUCACUCUCGUCAUGUGACAAUUCCUCACUAUAGAGGUUACUUUGACUCGUUUGGAGGCAAGCCUGGUACCAGUGCUGAAGCUGGAGCUGCUGGUACUGUGUAUGUACAUGAUGGGGAAAGGUCAUAUAGGUCAGUAAAUUAUUAUAUAUAUGCUCAAAUUCUUAUAAUUUCAAAAACACCAAGAAUAUUCUGUGGAGGCCCAUAAAAGAGGUAUGCCUCAGAGCUUUUUAAAUAUCUGGUUACAUUCCUUCAUUUCAGUGUAGAUAAAAUGUGUUAAAUAGGUUUUUGUUUAGAUAUUAUCUUGUCUCAUGAAAAACAUUUUUUUGAAUGUUUAUGAAAUGAUGAAUGUUACAGAGACAAUAAUUGUGUAUCCCAUUAAAA